AAGAUGCAGUGGACCCCAGAGCAUGCGCAGUGGGCCGAGCAGCACUUUGACAUCUCCUCCACCACCCGCUCCCCUGCACACAAAGUAGAGGCCUACCGGGGGCACCUGCAGCGCACCUACCAGUAUGCUUGGGCAAACGACGACAUCUCUGCACUCACUGCCUCCAACCUGCUGAAGAAAUACGCAGAGAAGUACUCUGGGAUUUUAGAGAGUCCGAGUGAAAGAGCGCUGCUCUGCUCGUAUUCCGAUGGCACUCCUGGACUCCUCAACGGACGUAAGUCAGAGAGUGAGUCCUGGCAGGAGGGGAUUUACUCAAUGAACUGCGGUCCAGAUGUUAUAUCUGUGAACAAAGCUGGAAUGACAGCUGCCCUUCCCCCUACAGACGUGUCGGCCAGCAUAGGUAGCACCCCAGGGGUGGCCAGCAGCCUGAACGAGCCCAGCUAUUCCAGAAGUAACUGUGGGAGUCACACGACCACCAGUCUACACUCGGGUCUGUCCUCUCAGGAAUACGCUACAGGCUACAAUGGCUCCUACCUGCACUCUAGUUACAGCGGGCAGACCAACCCAGGCCUCCCCUCUCAACACCCUUCUCCUAUGCACAGUGCUGGUCUCAUACAACCCCCUCUUCCACCACCUCCCACUACUCUAGUGCCCAGCUACAACGUGGGGUCUCCCAACAUCUCCAACUACAAUUAUCCUCCGGCGGGGUAUCCCUCACAGACAGUUGUUGCCCCUGGCUAUAGCCCUGGGGGGGGCCCACCGCCCUCUUCCUAUCUGCCAUCCAGGAUUGCAGCUCCCACACCGCUACCCCUCUCUACACUCUCUGGCUAUACGUACCAGUCCCAUAACCAUGCACCAAUUGCACCAACACCUUUGAAUGGCAGCUCAGCCAACUCAUUGAAAAGAAAAGCUUUCUACAUGACGGGGCAUGGAGAUAUGGACUCCAGCUAUAGUAAUUUCAACUACAAUCAACAGCGCUCCUCACAAAGCCCUAUGUACAGAAUACCAGACAACAGCAUCUCAGACUCAAGCAGAGGGAAUGGAUUUGACAGGAAUGCUGAUGUGUCAUCUUUAGCGUUUAAGCCUACAAAGCAGGCAAUAUCCUCAGAUCAGCAAAGAAAAUUUAGCAGUCAGUCUGGCAGAGCACUUACCCCUCCCUCCUAUGGAUCAACCAAAAGCUCUGUGGGAAGCCUGAGAUCAGGCGAGUCCUUUGGAAAAUUUGGAUCCCCUAUCACGGGUGAGCAAAGUGAAGAGCACCUCUCCCAUUCCAUUGCAGGGUCGGACAUUGGCAGAGCUACCUCAUCCAGCCACGUUGCAGAGGAGCAGCUGAAGAACAGCGAUGCCAGCGUGGUGGAGUUGGUCACCACAGAGAUCCUUCAGCCCGGUCCCCCAGUGGACUGGAGUGACAUAGCUGGUCUGGAGCUGGCCAAAGCAGCCAUCAAAGAAGAGAUUCUGUGGCCCAUUUUGAGGCCAGACAUGUUCAGUGGACUUGCCACAUUACCUCGGAGCCUCCUUCUCUUCGGACCUCAGGGAACAGGCAGAACACUGCUGGGCCGCUGCAUGGCCAGCCAGCUGGGGGCAGCCUUCCUGCAGCUGAGUGGCUCAGCCCUGGUGACCAAGUGGCUGGGGGAGGGCGAGAAGAUUGUCCAGGCCUCCUUCCUGUUGGCCCGGUGUCGCCAGCCCUCAGUUGUGUUCAUCAGUGAGGUGGACAUGCUUCUAUCGGCCCAUCUCAGCGAGGAGAGUCCGGUGAACGUGAUCCAGAGCGAGCUCCUCAUGCAGCUGGACAGUGUGCUGACCACAGCCGAGGACCAUGUCCUAGUGGUCUGCUCCACCAGUAAGCCUGAGGAGAUCCAAGAUUCCCUGAGGAGGUACUUCACCAAACGGCUCCUCAUCCCCCUACCUGACAGCACAGCUCGGCGCCAGAUAAUUAGCCAACUACUCUCACAGCACAACUAUUGCCUCAGUGACAAAGAGGUGUCACUGCUGGUCGAGCGGAUGGAAGGCUUUUCAGGACUGGACGUGGCCCAGCUGUGCCAGGAGGCAGUGGUAGGACAGCUCCAUGGCAUCCCAGCUUCUGACCUCUCAGCCAUCCAUCCCAGCCAGAUGAGACCAAUCUCCUACCAAGACUUUGAAAAUGGAUUUAGCAAAUUCCAGCCCAGUAUAUCACAAAAAGAACUGGAUACAUACACCGAAUGGAAUAAAAUGUUUGGUUGUAGUCAAUGAAGCUGAAGUAUUAGAACAUGUGAGUAGGAAACCCCUUUAGAGGUUUACCAUUUAGAAUUCUCUCCUCAGUAAACUAGGCAAGGGUAAAUGACAGAUAGUGGUGACCUUAACACCUGCAGUUCAGUAAAGGCAUAAGGAUAGGCCUGAGGGAAGCAAAGGCAGGCUUUAGACAACAGCCGGCAAUCUGCACACAACACAGAGAAACUUUAUUUUGACACUUGAAACCACUGAGGCCAAGCAUCACCUCCCAAGGUACAAGUGGGUAUAUUUUUCAUCACACUUUAGUCAUUGAGCAGACACUCUUGUACAGUGACAUACAUUUUUGUACUGGUCCCCCAUGGGUUUUGAACCCACAACCCUGGUGUUGCAGCUUUUCCAACUGAGCCACACAGGACCUCGAGACUAUAGGGUAGAGUGUAACAAAAUGGAACCUCUGUGUGUGUAUAUAUCAUUCUGCUGUUCUGGAGAUUUAGUUUCUAUCAAGUGCCUGAAGUGGUGCUCUUUUAUUUUGUGUUAUUAUUUUCUUCGCCUCACAAUCUACUUUGGUGGCAUGUGCUAAUAUAAAAAGCUUUAAUAUGAGACAAAAUCAUUUUUUUAAAAGCUUUUUUCCAUUGAAACACUAUUCCUCAACUGUGUCUGCUUUGCGGUCUCUGAUCAGGAGAAAGUAUGUGGUAUUGUUAAUCUGAACUCUAAUUUAUAGACAUCAUUUCUUUUGAUGUUCUCUUUUUUGAAAACUCAGGAAAGUGAUUGUGAUAUGUGCAGUACCUCUAAAGAUUUAGUCAAAGCACGACAUACUGCUAAGAGCAUUUGGCUUGCUUUUGAAUUUACAUUAUCUAAAAGGAGGGUUAAGGUACCUCAAUAGGCUAAAAAUUGACAAGAGUAUGACUUUGAAUGUACCAGAGGAAUUCUGGAGUAUUUGGAAGACAAAAGGAGGAGUAUUGUGCUUUUCUUUGCGAUUUUCUAAGCGAAGAAUCCCAUUGUGAAUAUACUGUAGUUGUAUUUGAUAUGUGGCAAGGAUGAAGGAAUAAUGUUUCUUAAAUUCUAUCAACUAUAACACAUUCGACUGGCCUUGAUCCAGAGGACAUGAACACAUUUGAGUUGUUUUGUUAAACUUCAUCUGUAGGAGAAAGCAGAACAUAUGUAUUCGUCGAACAUUAUCAGCAGCU